AUGCGUUCUCCAUUUUCAGAUCGUCUUGGCGGUGCCACUAAUGAUUGGAUGCCAAAUUUGCAAACAACAGCUCAUUCAACUGCUGGCGAUUAUGGAGCGGCCCAAUCCGAAGUCAAAGAUGGGAAGACGAAUGGUGACGAGCUUCUCUCCACAAUUGAGAGUUUCGCAAAAGAAGGAAUUAAACAUUACAAGAAGAGACUUACACGUGACGAGUACAAAGACGUGAUGAGAGCGGUAGUUCGUGAAUGUUACAAGAAAAGAAUCCUGGAUGAAACUCAAGUCAAGGAGAAGGUGAAAAAGUAUGUGAAGGCUGUGAAAAAUGGUGAACCGUUGCCGUAUGGACAUCACAGUGCGAAAAGAAAAGAAGGGCGCAAUGGAAACGAAGCGCCCGCUUCAUUCAAAAGGCCCAGAGUCGAAUCCUGGUGA